AUGAGUCUGAAAUACGGAGUCGGCGGCGUCGGCUCGUUCCUGACCCUCGCGGGAGCUUAUAUGCUGUUCACCGGCAGCGGCGAGUCCUUCAAUGUCGGAGAGUUUCUCGAGUCUGUUUCCCCCUACGCUUGGGCUUCUAUUGGUAUUGCCUUGGCCAUUAGUCUGUCUGUCGUCGGCGCAGCAUGGCCUUCUAGGGGCAUCUUUAUCACCGGCUCGUCUAUCCUCGGUGGUGGUGUCAAGGCCCCUCGCAUCCGCACAAAGAACCUCAUCUCCAUCAUUUUCUGCGAGGUCGUCGCCAUCUACGGCGUCAUCAUGGCCAUCGUCUUUUCCGCAAAGGUCAGCGCCGUCACGGGCGCUGAGCUCUACUCGGCCGACUCAUACUACACCGGCUACGCCCUCUUCUGGUCCGGCAUCACCGUCGGCCUGUGCAACCUCGUCUGCGGUGUGUCUGUUGGUAUCAAUGGCAGCGGUGCUGCUCUUGCUGACGCUGCGGAUCCCACUCUAUUUGUGAGGAUUCUUGUCAUUGAGAUCUUCAGCUCCGUUCUCGGCCUGUUCGGUCUCAUCAUCGGCCUUCUUGUCUCCAGCAAGGCUCCCGAGUUUGGAAAGAACUGA